AUGCGGCGGCGAGGUGAGGAGCCCCUGCCGGAAGAGAUCGUACGCUGGAGGAAGGAAGGUCGCGACGAUCUCUUCCGGCGAUGGCAAGAGAGGUUGGCGGACGCCUCGGUGAGCAGACGGCUCGUCGAGGCCGUCCGCCCCGUCCUGCGCCAGUGGGUGGAGGCGAGGCACCGGGAACCGACUUACUUCCUGACGCAGCUUCUCACAGGGCACGGCUGUUUCAGCCGUUACCUGUGUGAAGUUGUGGGGAUUGAGUCGGGUCCCGAGUGCCACCAUUGCGCGUCCGGCGACGUGGACACGGCAGAGCAUACGCUCGCCGUGUGCACGGGCUGGGACGCGCAACGCGCCACGCUCACUGGCGCAAUAGGGCGAGAUCUGUCGCUGCCGGCCGUCAUACGUGCGAUGGUCGGCAGCGAGCAGAGCUGGGCCGCCGUCGCCUCCUUCGCACGCGAGGUGAUGGCGGCCAAAAGAGAGGCCCUGCGGGAGCGCGAACGCGCCAACGAGACGCUGCCGCCCCGCAGGGCUCCAGCGAGGGGCCGACGGCGUGCGAGGUACGCGGCGGCCCUACAACCAAAUUGA